CUCGAUUCAUAUGAUGAUUUGAAUCAACUUGAUGAAUUUGAAAGAAUUGUUAAUGAAAUGAUCAAAAACCAUAGAAUUUAUCAAAAAGACAUUUUUGAUCCUUUUUAUUGCAUGAUGAUUGAUCUUGUCAAAGAUCAUGAAUUAUGGAGUUAUAUACUUAGUACAAAUUUGCCUCAAAUUAAAGCAAAAUCUGAAGAGCAAUUUAAGUUUAUAACACCUGAAGACAUAGUCAAAAUUAAUCGUACAGCAAAGGAUGCCUUCGAUAAUUUUAAUCCUCAAGAUAUUUCUUUUGAAAGUUCAUUAGAUCUGGACACUUCAAUUGAAUAUUUACUACCACACAUUGAUAUCUCAUAUUAUGAUUUAUAUAAAGUUGAAAUGAUGCAACUAGAAUUUGCUUCAAGGGAAUAA